AUGUCUGUUAAUCAUUUAAUCAAUACUGUUAUCAUCGGUGUCUACGUCCUCAAGUCAGACCCACGUUCCAUCUACGGUAAGCAAGGUACCGGGGGUGUGGUGUGUGUGAAAACUGGAAAAACUGUUAUCAUCGGUGUCUACAACGAGAAAUUGCAACCAGGUGCUGCUGCCUCCGUCGUCGAGAAGCUCGCUGAUUACUUGAUCGAUCAAGGUUAUUAA